GUCUGUUUAUAGCAGCAUUGUUCACAACAGCCAAAACUUGGAACCAAUCCAAAUGUCCAAACACUGAGGAAUGAAUCACCAAACGGUGGUCCACCCAUACAACUGAAUGCUCCUCUGCAGACACAGCAACAAAGCACUCACAUGCUCCAAAAUGGAUGGACCUUAAGAAGAGUCAGACACAACACACCACACUGUGGACGCUGCCAUUACAUUGUGAAUGUUGGCACAGAGCUCCCUUGUGUGGAAUGAGCAUAAAUGAUGGUCACCAAGCCCUCUGGGGGGACUGGCAGUUGUUUCCCCAUUUUUCCAUAGUCUCAAUAGUGCUGACCCUCUCUGUGACUAAAUGUUUAUGGCCAGUCUCGAUGAGAUGUUUGCACAAAUGCCCCAAAGUGGAACUGCCUGUUUGAAGGUCUUUGCACUGUAAGGCUUCAGUCCAUAAUGCCAGCUGGCCCCUCACAUCUUUGCAUGGCCUGCGCCCCUCCCUCCACAUCCCCUCAUGCCCCCACAGAGGUCUCUUUCCCCAGGUAACAGGCCUUCUCUCCAGCAAAGCACCUGCCUCUGAGAAACGCACCUCCCUCUGAGCAAAGCACCUCCCUCUCAGCAGAGCACUUACCCCACAGGAGAGCGCUGCUCACACCGGGGACUUGUUCCAAGUACCAGGUUCCCCUCUCCUGAUGUCCUGUGUUCCUUUUCAGUUCCCCUGGGAGUGCGUCCACUUCGCCCUUAUUUAAUGGACGCCUGAAACUUCAGCUGAUGGGAUUCGUGGUGGCGACUGUGGGAUGGGUCCUCGGAACCACAUCCAUGGCUCUGGCCGAGUGGCGAGUGUGGUACGUCAACAGCACCUCGCUCUUAUCCUCCCACCUAGCCUGCGUGGGAGUGUGGAGAGCCUGCAUCUUCCGUCACGGCAACGGCCUCGACCGCGCCAUUGGAUGUCAGAGUUACAGCUACUUCGAUCCUUAUGUCCCAAUGGAUAUCCAUGUUGCUCAAAUACUCCUGCCGCUUGCCACCGUUCUAGGGCUUUUUAGCAAAGCUGCCAUCAUCUUUGCGCUUAAGAACAUGUACCUGAGCAAAGUGCAGAAGACCUGUGAUGCAUCUGCUGUUGCAGGAAUGCUGAGCAUAGCUGCUAGUUUCUGUAUCCUAGCUGCUGUGGUCUGGAACCAACUGUCCAUCCAGACCGAAGAGGGAAUUGCCUUCCCACCAUCUUUCAAUCUACCCUUCAAGCCGGACUCCCAGGAAGUCGGUGGGGCUGCUCUCAUGGCCUUUCUUGGUUCCUGCGGGCUCUUUUUCGGGGGGUUGGCUUACUUCUCUUACAAAUACCCACUAGACAGCCGAGUGCAUCCUACAACUUCAGAUACAUAAAAUUCCUCAUUGCAUUAGGCUUUCUAAACCCCAAAUUACCAGAGUUCAUUGGAAGUGUUACAUCAGGAUGCUGCGUCCCUUAGUUGUAAAGACUCUAGACCAUCACAAAUGUAGUUUGGGGCAGAUAAUGGCUGUUACCCUUUGUGGCUGCAUUCGGUUCCCUCGUUGCCUAGUUGAACAAAGAAA